AUGGUAUUAGACUCCACGGUUUUCACUUUUGAUGGUAAAUUUUAUAGUCAGGUGUUUGGCACGCCUAUGGGGUCACCGUUAUCACCGAUUAUUGCCGAUAUAGUAAUGGAGGACUUAGAAACGUGUUGCUUGGAAGCCUUAGAUUUUAACAGCAAAAUUUAUUAUAGAUAUGUCGAUGACAUUUUGUUAUUUUUGCCAACUGACAGGAUUCAACAAGUUUUGCAAGUAUUUAAUAGUUACCACCCACGCUUGCAAUUCAUGAUCGAAGUUGAAAAGAAUAAUUGCAUUAGUUUUUUAGACACAAUGUUAAUUAGGGACAACGGGAUUGUAGUCAUGAAUUGGUAUCGGAAACCAACUUUCUCUGGCCGUUAUUUAAACUUCUUUUCCAAUCAUCCUCUACAACAUAAAAUCGGGGUAAUCACAAGCUUAAUUGAUAGAGCGAUCUUACUUUCGCAUGUGAAAUUUCAUAGCACGAACAUUGAAACUGUAAAGGAGAUUUUAUUGAACAAUUGUUAUCCGUCGAAACUUGUUGAUAAACACGUAAACAAAAGAAUCAAAGCACUAAAACACACUAAUAUGAAGCUAAACAACAUUAAUGAGGAUGGUGAUAAUAGAGCCAAAUCUGUAGUGUUACCAUUUGUAAAUGGUCUUAGUGACAUUCUCCACAGAGUUUUUAAAAGCUAUAACAUUAAUGUAAUACACACGAUAAAUAAGAGAUUAGACUGUAUCAUAAAAUCUGGCAAAGACGCGUUACCCGAUAGUAACAAAACUGGUGUAGUUUACCGCUUGAAAUGUAAGGAUUGCGAUGCCUGCUAUGUGGGCCAAACAAAAAGGCACCUGGCUACGAGGGUCAAGGAACAUAGAAGCGAUAUUUCGAAACGUGAAGGUAAUUGGUCAGUUGUCAGCAGACACAGAGCUUCCUUGUUCCAUGACUUUGACUGGUCAAAGGUAGACAUUUUACACCAAGAACAACAUUUACAUAAACGCGAAGUGGCGGAAAUGAUUUUUAUUAAAAGACAUCACAAUGCGAUCAAUCUACAGACGGACACUGAUAACUUGCCGGGUGUUUAUGAUCCUAUACUGAAAAAUAUUUAG